UAAUUGGUUUAUCACUUGGAGGAAGAUCUUUCUUUAAAAUCCAUGGUGCUUCAGUAGCUGGAAAUUGUGUUAAUUAUUUUGAAGAGCAAAGAUAAGUAAAAAUAUUUCAAAUAAAGAACGACGAACAUAAGCUAUACCUAUUUUUUUUAGUUGAAUUUUUACCAAAGGACACCAUGGUUUGCAUGCAGGCAUUUAGAUUAAUUUCAUAAAAAUCUUUAAAAUCGUUUUAAAGAUUUACAAUAAUUCUAUCAAACCUUCCAUAAUAAAAAUUUUGAUCGAAAAAUCGAUCUUGCUGGUUAUUUGACGGUUUGCUAUAUCAUUAAUGGUUGACAAAUGAUUUUCGUGUAUUCAAUUAUCCCAUUGCUCUUUUUCUUUGAAUUAUACCAUACAAUAUUCGAAUAGAAAAAUAUUUUUGAUAUAAAUUGGUAUUCUAUAUCAUCGAAAGAAAAUUGUAAAAUGAAUAUUUGUGAAAAAGAAUGUUUAAAUGAAAUAUCUGAGUCAAGUUCCGUUACUGAUUCAAUAUUAAAUAAUUUUAAUAAUUGCGACUGUUCUAAACAUUUAAAAAAAAAAAAGGAAAAGAAUAUCAUUAUUCAAGAAAAAAAUGAUCUGUUGCCUUCGAAUUAUCUUGAUCAAACAAUAUUUUGGUUAUUAAUACCUGCAUUGGAAGAAACACUUAUCGAGGCAUCUAAACAAAAUGUUCUUCGGGUACAAAAAUGUCGUUUUAAUGGUGUCGAUUAUAUCGCAGAGAUUCUGUGGAAUCGUAAUCCACGUCGUUCGAAAAUAUUUUCACCUCCUCUAAAUGUAUUCCAAAUUCCAUCAUUUAAAGAUUAUUUGCGUCUUAAUCCUAGGCCAUAUUAUCCAAAAUCUUGGUUAUGGUCUGAGGAUAAAGCGGCAUUAUACAUACAAAGACAUAUUCGCGGUUGGAUUGUAAGAAAACGUUCGGAUGUCCAAGAAAUGAGACAAUUUUGGAAGGAUAUUGCGAUGAAAAAUCUCUUUGACAAAAAGGAAAGUGAUAUUCUGCAAUCUCAAAAAUUUUUAAGUAUGGUUUAUUUGAAAUUUAUAUCAGUAAUGAUAUAAUUCUUAAUAUGAUAUUAAAAUUUUGUUUCUUUACAGAUAUUUCACUACAAGAACGCGAAGCUAUAAUUAAAUGUGAAAAAUAUCGAUCAAUAGCACAAAAAUCGCUGGAGGGAAAACAAUCUUUUGUUUAAAGAUUAUACCAAAGGGUAAACAUCCUAGUUAAAAAAAAUAUUUCAUUUUUAUUAUUACAUUAUAAGAUUCAUUGAAUAUAUAAAAUUAUAUUCAUGAUGUAUUCUCUUGCUUAAUAUUUGCAUAUAAACUAGGACUUGCUGGUUUUCCUAAUCCUAUAUCAAUAUUAACUGUAGGAGUUUCACCUUCUUCAGCGAUUUUAUAAUUUUUGAUACCAAAAAGAGCAUAUUUGAGUUCUAGUUUUAAAUCGGAAGAUCCUUCUUUCAGAUUUGUUCUUUGACGCAUUAAUAUUUCUUUCAAAAGAGGUGGAAAGUUUGUAGUUCUUGGCAUGAUCUUCUGUAUUGGUUGUUCAGUUCUGUUUAUGUAAUUUGCUUCCUGAUCUUUAGGAAUCAAUAUAUAAUCUGGCUUAUAUGUCACUAUAUCUAUUUGUACAGGUAUAGGAAUCUUUUGACCUCGGAAAACUUGCUCGACCAAUACUAUAACAUUUCGUGGAUCCUAGAAUAUGGAAUUUUUUUUAUUGAUUUUGUUUAAAUUACUGCAUUAUAAUUAUGAUAUUAAUCAUUAUCAUAUUAAUCAUAAGAAAGAAGAAUAUACAUGAAAAUGUUUUGAAGUAUCUGGUAACGCUGCAACUUUAAGUAUUUUCAUAUAAGAUGCUUCAGGAUAUCUUUGUUGAGUACUUCGUAUCACAAUUCUACCUACGCCAUGGUUUUUCAAAUUUCCUAAUAUUUCCCACAAUGGUUUGCCUUUCAAAUAAUGUGUCCUACCAAUGUAUUUUAUCACCAUAUUUUAUUCACUCAAUGUCUUUUUUGUUUUUAAAAUCGACUAAUUUCUUUUUCUCUGAAAUAAGGUUAGAUUUCUUGUUGAAUAUAAACAAGAAGUGUAAAUAGUGGAACAAGGACAGAUAUAAAGCAAAAAUUCAGAAAUCAACGCCAUCUUCAGAGUAUCACAAAUGACAUGCAUAAAGAAAAGAUAGAAUAUAAUAAAAAAAGGAUAGAGAUAGGAUAAGAAUUGAUUAUCAGCGCCAUUUUCUAAAUGUUAAAAUAUUUUCUCGAAACAAGAUAAGAAAAACUAAGAAUUGAGGAUUAGCGCUAGUCUUGAAUACUGAAAAUAUAUUUUUAAAAAUACUCAAAAGAUGGCGUUGAUCUUUAUUUUUUGUACAAUUUUAAAAGAUGUUUAUAAUUUUCAAUCAAGAAAGAAUAAUGAAUCAUAGUUUAUCUCAAACUAUUUACAAGUGUCAGAGCUUUAAUUUCUAUUCUUAAAAAAUGAAAAAUUUUAUUCAGAAGCUAAAACAUUUGUAUUUUAUUAUAAUUUUUUAUUUUAUUAUAUAACAAUUAAUGUUGUCUGUUUACAUUGCAAUAGUGUCAUAAUGUUAACUUUCUGAAUAAUUUUCCAAAUAUUUUUUUAAUUUUUAAAAAGGAGAAAAUAUAUAAACAUAAUUAAUCCAAAAAUAUUUUUUAGAUUCUAAUUAAUUUGAGUUCUUGAAGAUUAAAAAAUUUAAUUCAAAAGUCAUGAAAAUAGUAUUUUCUAUUUCUUGUUCUUACAUAAUUAAUUUUACUUAUUUACCAUAACAUGACUAUAGUGUUUUCUUUAAUUUUGAAACAUGAUAUAAUUUAAAAAUUAAAUUUUUGCUAUAAUAGUUGUCAUAUUAUAAUUUCGAUUAGUAUUUGAUAAUGAUGAAUAAUAUAUUAUCCAGCAAAUUAAUUAUGGAACAUUUAUUUUUUUAAGAAUGUAAAUUAGAUUUUUUGUUUAUAUUGAAAGUUUGUUUAUUUUGAAAUUAUUACGAUGUAAUAUGAAUAGAUUUAUAUUGAAUUAUGAUUAAUUAUAUUUUUAAUAAAUAAAGGAAAUAAUAAGAUUAUGUAAUGUUUAUUACAACAAAAUAUAACAAAUAUAUUGCAAAUAAAAUGCAGUACUUAACGAUCCGAAUUUACUUCGAAUCACUACUCACGAAAAAAAUAAUUAUUAAUCGUUUACAAAAUAAUAAUUAUAAUUAAUUUACUUAGCAUACUACGUCUUAGCAUACACAUUCUUAGAACAUAUUAUAAAUUAUAAUUAUCGUAUAAAAUCUUUGAAUCUUCGAGUUAUGAUGAAAUUAUAUUAAUGUUAUAAUUGAAAUUUCAAUUAAAACGUGAUAAAGUAGAUGUGUUUAAAUAAAAUCGAAAUAACGAAUGAAAUUGAAUAUGAUCCAAAUAUUAGAGGUAGUGAAUGAUAUUUUUAAUGAUGAAUCAAUAACGAUUAAUAAUUUGUUGAAUCCAAUCAAGAUAAUAAGAAACACGAGCAUAAACUCCAGGAAUACCAGGUUGUCCACAACCAAUGCCCCAUGAUACAAUUCCUGCCAACUGCCAAUGACCAUGUCGUUCGCAAACCAUUGGUCCACCGCCAUCACCUUUGCAAGCAUCUUUUCCUUCUUCUCCACCAGCACAAAUAAAUCCAGGAUGUAAAUUGAAACCUGGACCUAAUCUUGUUCGUCUCAUUUGUUGUUCACAGGCUUGGUUGCUUAUCACAGGGACAUCAACUUCUUUUAAGAUAUUUUGAUAUUUUCCAAAAUCUCCGAAUGCAUCUUUACCCCAACCGGUUGUCCAGCAUCUAUAAUUUUCCCAUAAUGAAAAAUUAAUUUUAAAAGAACGAAAUUACAAGUGAAUAAAUAUAAAUAAAAAAAAGUAAAUAAAUAAAUAAAUAAAAAUAAAUAAAUGUUUACCUGUUUCUAAUGAAGUCAUCGCGUUUGUCCGGUAAACAAGCAGGACUAAUGUGAGGAUUUUUUUGGAAAUCGACUUCAUGAUUUAUUUUCAAUAUGGCGAUGUCGUUAUAAAGAGUGCCAGCAUAAAAUUCUGGAUGCACAUAGACAUUUGCUAUAUCACGUUCUAUAUAGGGAUAAAAUUCAACAUCGUGAUUUACAUCCCAUUCUCCUAGUCGAACGCGAAGAUCUCGUGCUGCAUAAGUUUUUACGCAAUGAGCCGCCGUGAGGAUGUGUCGAGGAGAAAUCAGAGUACCACCGCAUACAUACACGCUUUCCGUUGGAUCCUUUUUCAGUAUCGCUACUUGCCAGGGAUAUUCACCUAUCGGAUAUAAAUGAAUUAAAUUUGAUUGUUGGCUUUACACGAUCGAGAUUUAAAAAUCUAUUUCUUACCGAAUUCAGCAUCACCAUCAACGUAAGAAGGGGUUUUAAUUCUUCCAUUGAUUCCUUGAGUAUAUCUGAUUCCGCACUGACCGGGUCGUGGUUUUCUCGAUGGCUGUCUUUGCGAACAACAAACAUAACCUGGACCACAAAUUCGAGUUGAUCCAACGCCUGCGUAUUGUCUCUGUUGAAAAAAUCAAAUUUUUAUUUAGAGAUGUAUUUAUAUAUCAUGUCAGAAGUUUAAUUAUAAAUAAAUUAUAUCUAUUUAUAUAUA